GACUGAGGGGUAUUUUUAUUGAGGUCACAGUUCUUCCUUGUUGGCUCCCUUGCCUUACGAGCUGAUUUUACAUACUAUUAUAGCAUUAUUUGGGCAGAAUAAUAUUAUUCAGUAAUAUGAAUAUUAGUGUGACUGUGCGGAGAGGGGCUUGGAUUUCAUCGUUGUCUUCCUAAAACCCUGCCUGCUUUCCUUUUAAAAGGGGAGAAGUUAGCUAGCAAAGGCAGAGCUAAAGUUUUCACAGUUGAGAAUAUUUCCCUUGCCCCUCUUAAUCUUCCUUUUCUUUCUCUAAGUGACAGAAACUCUAAAGGUGUUGCUGUGCAUGGGCUGAGUUUAAAUCAAACUGUUGAAAAUUAACUGUAGAGGCUGGGAAAUGAAGAUGUUUGCUCAUUGUGCUGGGAUUCUCCUACUUGUCUUGCAUGCAGCUGAUUCACAGAGUAAUGAAGUAAAAACGAUUGAGGUCCCUUUGGGAGGCACGGUAAACAUCAGCUGUGAAACUUCAACCGUGUCCUUCACAUGGAUCGUGACCUGGUACAAGGAAGGAGAAAACAGAAACCUGGGCAAGAUUGAUCAGGAUGACAAGAAGUUGAAAAGAGAGUCAAAAUGCACCUCACACUUCUGUAACCUAAUUAUCAACAAUGCACAAAGGAAGGUCUCUGGUAUUUAUACCUGUGUUGAACAUCAGGAAGCUAACAUACUACUCAUGCACAGGACAAGAGUGAUAAUCACAGAAACUUUGAAGCCACAUUUUUCCAUCCUUGUGCCAUCCAUCUUGCAGGAUGGACCACUGAAGCAUGAUAUUCCUCUGCUCUGCAUCCUUUUCAAUGCUAACCCUAAUUCAAAUACCGUCAUUUGGAAUAUUAAUGGGAAAAUACAUCAGGAUAAGAUGGAUGUUGACCUGAUAGAUGGGGAAGGAGCUUUCAGUAUUUGGAGCUUGAAACUGAUUUCUCCAGAGGACUGGCAGCCAGGAAUCUCUUAUGCUUGUUCACACCCAGGAAACAUGACCUUGCUACAGUCUUCACAAUAGGAUGUGUCCUCAAAC